GUCGUACUUAAAAAAUGAUGCUAAAGUAUGUGUCAGAAUGCACGAUGUUUAUGAGCAGCAAAUGAACGGAGAAAACAAACUCUCGACUCAUCAAGUGUGUUGCUGCCUAAUCUGCUGGUGCCAAUUUUUCGCUAUCUUCUUUCGUUGCAUAUCCGCAAAUACAUUGUGCUGUUCAUAUCCGUACACUUACACUACCACUUUCGUAUCAUUCACAUUUCAUUUGGUUACAAUAAAAGUUUCCGUACUAUUGUCAUCAACAAUGAACCCGAAUUUCAACGACACAAUAAAAAUGGAAGCGACCGACGAAUGGCAAGCUCAUUUUGGUAAUGGUGAUGUGAAUUUUGAUGUGAAUUUCGAUGCGGGACAUAUAUUUUCCGAGCCACUUGAAGGUGAUCCCGAUGAAACGGAAAUCAUAUGUGUUUAUAUGGACAUUCAAUUGCCCAUUGAAACGCUGAAAGUUUUGCUACAAGAGAAAACCAAAAAAGAUCUAUCCGACUAUGAUGUUUGGUUGCAAAAUGUUCAGAUGCUCGAGCCAUUCAAAACGCUGGUCGAUCAAUGUGUCAAAGGUGAGGGUUUGGUGCAAGUGAAUGCACAAAUUUUGGAUGGACCCAAGCGAAUCAACAUUGCCGAUGUCGUAAAACCAACGGAAGAAGUGGUCAACGCAAUGAAAAAUGAGCAAGGCGUCGGUCUCGACUCAGACAUUGUUAUGAAUGACAUUGAACAUGGUGCAAACAGCAAUGAUUCAUCGGAUGCAAUCGCAGUAUCGAAUAGAAAUGCAGUCGUGCAAUCGUUGAACGAUAACGACGAGGAGGUGAAUCAGGAAUUUGUGAAUUGGGUAGUGGACAAGAAGUUUUUAGUGGUGAAAAAACAUCAAAAUAUUCCUGACGAUCCGAAAAAUUGGUCCGAGGAUCAUGUGCAAAUUUGGUUGAAAUGGGCUGUCAACCAAUUUGUCUUACGUUUGCAGGAGAAUGAUUGGCGUAUGACGGGCAAGGAAUUGUGCGAAUUGUCGUUGCAUGAUUUUCAAAAGAAAAUUCCGCGCGAUCCGGGCAAUAAAUUUUGGACACACUUAGAAUUGUUGCGUAAAUGUCAGUUCAUUGCCAUUCCGGGUGACCCAAAAUCGGCCAACGAAGACGACGAAGAGGUCACUAGUAUUGAAAAUGUACGCGAAAAGAAUGCCAUUUUCAAGCGGAAUGCAAAAGUCAUCGGUAAAACGAUAAAACCAGCCAAAGCCAUCGGCACCAUUGAUUCAGCGAUUGUUGAAACACUUUCACCAUCGAAUCAAGGAAAUCGUACCGGAAACAAUGGCCAGAUUCAGUUGUGGCAAUUUUUGUUGGAGAUUUUGACUGACAAAGAGCAUCGCAACAUCAUCCAGUGGCAUGGCAAUCAGGGUGAAUUUAAGCUGGUUGAACCAGAUCGUGUGGCAGCACUUUGGGGAAAUCGCAAAAAUAAGCCAACUAUGAACUAUGAGAAAUUAUCACGUGCCUUGCGCUAUUAUUACGAUGGUGACAUGAUCUCGAAAGUGAGUGGCAAGCGAUUUGUCUACAAAUUCAUCUGCGAUUUGAAGCAAUUGACGGGGUACAGCGCACAACAGUUGUCUGAUCUCGUCAACAGUGUUCCGAGACAGCCAAAGGCACGUCGAUACCCAGAAAGUGCAACUAAUUAAGAUUAUUCAUAGCGAAUAUGAUUUUAUUUCGAUUUUUAUUUUAUCGCUCGCAUCCUUUCUAAGGAUAAUUUUUAUCAAACUCGUUUGUUUAAGCAUUUUAUUUUUAAGUCAUAAUCAAAUAAGCUAAAAGUUAUUCUUAUGAAUAGAUAUAUAAUGUUUAAAAACAGACCAUAUUUUCAAUGGAUAGAGUAUUUUAAUUAAAUUUUAUUAAAAAGACCAAAAGUUCA